GAGGGGGAUUGGAAGGAGGGGGGAAAUUCCCGUAAUUCCCCAAACUUCCAUGCCUGAUCACGCAGCUUCGCACCCUCCCUCACUGCCAGUCUGGAAACAGUUGAAACAGGUUGCUGAUGAUGAAAAUAGGCAUUUGGAAGAAGAAUUCAGGAUUAACUUCACAUUCAUUAUAGACAUUGGCCCCAAGUCUUUGUUCAUACUGGAUUUCUUUGGUUUGUUCCAGUGUUUAUUUAUUCUCCUUCUCAGUUUUGACUCUGUGCCAGAUUUAGCGAGUGUGUCAUGUGAAAGUCUGUUACCUGUGAGCGUUUACUGAAAAUCCCUAGGGCGUGUUCUUGUUUAUUUCCCACACUCAUCUCGUUCACACAGCUUUUGAGGUGCUUAGCGAAAGCAUUUGUGGGCCAUCAGGUCUCUAGAGAAGAGUUUGGAGAAGACAGAGCUGAGCAUUACGCAACCUAGGAGUGCCGCUCAUUAUUUUGAAACAAAUUUUUCCUUUUGCUUCAAGGCAAUUUUUUUUUUUGGUAUCUGAAGCAGAGUUUUGAAUCCCACUAUUCAGCUUUGACAGCCAAAGAUCUGUGAUCGAGUGCUUUGUGAUAUGAGGGUUUGUGUGGAGGAACAGGUGGGAAUUGGACUACCUAGCAUCUCUUUAUCUUUGGAGAAAGCUGCUGUGAUUCUGGGAGUCAGAAUGGAGGCAAGAGAGGUUUCAGCCUCAUUGACGCGAUACAGAAAUCCGAAGGUAUCAUUUGGUUCUGAGUCACACGAGAGAAGAAACUCUGAGCCACUGAUCACAUGUUCAUGUUCACAACGUCUACAUCCAACAGAAGAUUGUUGUGACUCUAGAUUAUCUGAACAGAUACUUAUGGACUAUGGUGCAAGAAGCCCUUUGGACAGCAGAUCCAAGAGCCUGGACAGCCUGGACUAUGUACACAAAGACUGCUGUUGCAGCACAGUUUUGUGCCGCCGUGUAGAGGGAUUGUGUUGCAGCCAGCAGUGCAGCACAUGUGGGCCAGUGGAAACAGACGGGUUCUGCCAAGAGGCCUCCUUUCAAAGUAGAGGCUGGGAAACAGGGUUUCCGAGGAAAACAGAGGGGUUUUCUUCUGCCGCGACGCGGCUCGCUGGAGAGCCGCCAAGCCUGGAUGAGGAGAGGCUCAGCACCAGGAGAAUCAGCUUUCCGACGCCGUUCGUGUCGAGCUUCCACUGCAUGUGUGCCUAUGCCGCAAGGCUGGAAACAGUAACGCAGGAUCGGGUGAAUUUAAAUUCUGCCAACAGUAUCUUCUCAAGCCUGAAGAAGCUCAACAAGAGAUCCAAAAUCAGGUGCUCGAGGAUGCCCUGCCAGGCUUCCACAAUCUCAAAGACUACUGUGGCUCACCAACACAGCGAUGGCGAGGCCGCAGUUUCCGAUAGCGAGUUUGCUCACAAGAAGGAGCGCUCCACUGCCCUGGUCCGGAGAUACCUGAAGAACAACCAGAAGGUUUCGAAGAAGGUCUGCACUGGCACCAGAGCGAUUAUGAGGACCGGGCACAUAUCAGAUAGCGCAUUGCGGGCUGCUUAUGGAAGAAGAUGUCGUCUCAGCAAGGGCUGUAACGUUAUAGAGACAGAAUACAGCAGAGUGCUCCAGGCCAUCCAGCUACAGGUCUCCAGGGCUCUUCUCUCCUGUGCAGGGGUCAGACUGGAGCAGCUCCAGUAUGACUUUACUGCUCUGAAUGCUGAGGUUCACCUCCUGCACCCCUCCAGGAAGCUGCUGGCUCGGGCAGUAGCAUGGCUGCCGGCCUGCGUGCAGCACACUGAAUACCGCACCUGCUCCUGUAGGACUAGCUUAGCAGCCCAUCUGAGCGGAGCCCUGCUGGAGGCCACGGCUGCCAUCGCCACCAGCACACCAAUGUUCAAAGAACGUCAGCUGUGUGGCUCCAUGGCCAGCACCGGCUCACUCUCGUCAGGCGUGAUGGGGAUCAGUAAGGAGCUCGCUGAACUGCGGCAGCUCAUCCAGUUCCCGGAGGAAAUCGCCAGCAUCCUGACGGAGCAGGAGCAGCAGCUGUACCGCCGUGUACUCCCGCUUGACUACCUGUGCUUCCUCACACGUGACCUAGCCAGCCCUGAGUGCCACAGGAGCCACCCACACCUCAAAGCCUCGCUCUCCGCGCCCGUCAUGCCUACCCAGAGUUCCCAGCACAAUGUAGUAGAGGACCUGGUUACACGCUUCAAUGAGGUCAGUUCGUGGGUGACCUGGCUUAUCCUGACUGCUGGUUCAAUGGAGGAGAAGAGAGAAGUCUUUUCACACCUUGUUCAAAUAGCCAAAUGCUGCUGGAAUAUGGGCAACUACAACGCGGUCAUGGAGUUUUUGGCAGGUCUUAGAUCUCGCAAAGUUUUAAAGAUGUGGCAGUUCAUGGACCAAGCAGACAUCGAGACCAUGCGAGGUCUGAAGGACGCCAUGGCCCAGCACGAGUCGUCGUCGGAAUACAAGAAGGUAGUGAAUCGAGCCCUGAACAUCCCCGGCUGUAAAGUAGUGCCCUUUUGUGGGGUGUUCCUUAAGGAGCUUAGCGAGGCUCUGGAUGGAGCGGCGAGCUUGAUUGGGCUGCGUCCUUCUUUCGACUCUCAAGAGGACUCGAUCGAGUUUGUGUCCGAUUAUGACGGGCAACAGCAUUUCCUGCAAAGAGCCGGAGCUGAUGGGCUGCACAGCUCGGAGAAGGAGGUCACCGUCAGCAAUAUCCUGCAAACCAUCCGCAGCUGCAAUCGCAGCCUGGAGGCCGACGAGCCAGAGGACGCCUUCAGAGACAGGAGCAAGAACCAGUUUCUAGUCGGGGACCUUUCUGAUUCCGAAGGAGAUUUGACCGAGCAGCCAAGAGAGCUGGAUCUACAGAGCCCGGAGGAACCAGAAGGUGCUUUCAGUCAUGGCACAGAGGUGGUGCCCUGGUAUGUGCUCUCGCUAUCGUCCGACAUGCAUCGCUUCCUGCUGCAGGGUGCCACCGUCAUUCACUACGAGCAGGAGAGCCAUCUGACAGCCCGCUGCCUGCUACGCCUUCAGCCCGACAACUGCACCCUGACGUGGAUCAAACCCCUGAGCAGCCGGAGCAGGGGAAUGGUACCCGAUUCUCUUCUUCAGGGCCAGGCGGUUGUGUGUGGUCUCACUGAGGGAGUCCUCGACUUGAGUGCCGUCAAAGCUGUGUUUAUGGGUCACUCGGGGAUUGAUAUCAACGUCGUGCGCCUGCAGCACAAACUGUGUGGUCUGAGUCCUGAGGAGAACGGAGUCACUCUGCUCUAUGGGCUGCACACUACCGACAACAGGCUGCUGCACUUCGUGGCACCCCGGCACACAGCGUCCGUGCUGUACGAAGGUUUGCAGGAGCUGAUUAGUGCCAUCAGGAAGAUGAAGAGGUUCCCGGACCAGAGGUUGCAGUGGCUACGUAGACAGUAUGUCAGCCUCUACCAGGAGGAUGGUAAAUUUGAAGGACCGACUCUGGCUCAGGCCAUUGAGCUGUUCGGGGGUCGGCGCUGGAACAUGGGCUCAGCCAGCAGAAGCACGGAAAAGACUAGUGCUCAGAAGAACAGCCCACUGGGCAUCAGCUCCAAUGCCAAGAAGAAGAAAAAAGCCCUCGUGAGGGGGGACAGCGGGGAUGCAACUGAUGACGAGAUGAUCUCACGUAAGACAAAAAGCUGUAAGGAAGCGCUGAGCAGGAGAUCUUCAGAUCCGUUAGACAGUGUGGAGCAAGAGGAGAACGAUGACUCCAGCCCCUUUGGAACCCCUGGAUCCUCCUUCUCAAGUAGAACCCAGUCCCCAGGAACUUCCUCCUUCUCUUCCCCGUCCUGCUCGUCUUCAGUGAACAGCUCCACCCCUGUACGGCCGCACUCCUCUCCCGUCCUGCCCUGCAUCUCCAAAGGCCAACCUGGGGCAUGGAGUAGCAGAAGUUGGCAUGGCCGUGGAAAAGGCUGCUUCCGUGGCUUCCAAAACCUCAUGAUCUCCGACAGCAUCAUGAGCUUUGUCGAGUUCGUGGAGCUCUUUAAGUCAUUCAGUAUCCGUAGUCGGAAGGAUAUAAAGGAGCUGUUUGAUACCUACGCUGUUCCCUGCACCCGCUCAGGCCCGGAUUCUGUGCCUCUCUACACCACGCUGAGAAUCGAUGACAAAAUCACAGGGCUUCAGCCUGACCUAGAUCUGCUGACUCGAAACGGCUCGGACCUCGGCCUGUUCAUCCGCACUCGCCAGCAGAUGUCCGAGAACCAGAAGCAGAUUUCUGACGCCAUUGCCGCUGCCAGCAUCGUGACCAAUGGCACAGGCGUGGAGCACUCUUCGCUGGGAGUGUUGGGCCUUGCCAUCCCUCAGCUCAAUGACUUUCUGGUCAACUGCCAGCAUGAACACCUGACCUAUGAUGAGAUCCUUACCAUCAUUCAGAAAUUUGAGCCUUCCUCGAGCAUGCGCCAGAUGGGCUGGAUGUCCUUUGAGGGCUUUGCCAGGUUCCUCAUGGACAAGGACAACUUCGCCUCCAGAAACGAAGAGUCUCAAGUGAACUCGGAUGAGCUGCAGUACCCGCUUUCAUACUACUACAUUGAAUCGUCGCACAACACCUACCUCACCGGCCACCAGCUUAAAGGAGAGUCGUCAGUGGAGCUAUACAGUCAGGUGCUAUUGCAGGGAUGCAGGAGCGUCGAGCUCGACUGCUGGGACGGUGAUGACGGCAUGCCAGUUAUUUACCACGGGCACACGCUAACCACCAAAAUCCCCUUCAAGGAUGUAGUGGAAGCCAUCAACCGGUCUGCUUUCGUGAACUCCGAGAUGCCUGUGAUCCUGUCCAUCGAAAACCACUGCUCUCUGCUCCAGCAGCGCAAAAUGGCCGAGAUCUUCAAGGUGGUGUUCGGAGACAAGCUGGUAACCAAGUUUCUGUGUGAGAGCGAUUUCUCUGAUGACCCACUACUCCCCUCACCAUGGCAGCUAAGGGGCAAGAUCUUACUCAAGAACAAGAAACUGAAGGCACAUCAGGCCCCUGUGGACAUUCUAAAGCAGAAGGCCCUUCAGCUUGCACACAUGCAAGCGCAGGCCAAUAACUGCACGGUUGCUGCUGGUUCUCUUGGCAACAACGAAGAGGAGGAAGAGGAGGAAGACGAGUAUGAUUACGACUACGAGUCCCUGUCUGAUGCUGAUGUCCUCAAUGCUUCCACUGCCUCUUAUAGCCAGGAAGAUAACAUCUUGGAUGACAAACCGGAGGGGAAAUCAUCGACCGAAAAGCUGCAGUACGAGUCCAAUGAUGAGAUGCCAAAGAGGAUAAAGAAAGCAGGGAGUAAAGGAAAGAUGUUUGACAUGGAGCUGGGGGAGGAGUUUUAUCUGCCGCAGAACGAGAAGGAGAGCAGGCAGAUUGCUCAGGAGCUCUCGGACCUCGUCAUCUACUGCCAAGCAAUAAAAUUCCCAGGCCUCUCCACCCUCUCCCCUACGGGCUCUAGCAGAGGAAAGGAGCGCAAAAGCCGAAAAUCCAUCUUUGGCAACGCCCCAGUCCGUGGGAGCCCUGGUGAGCCGGUGACGUUGGUACGCGGCUCGGGGAAAGCUGGUAUGGAUGGCACAAGGGCGAGCUGGGAGGAGCAGGCGAUGCCGGCGAUGGGCGCAACACCUUCCCUGAGCGCCAUCAUCCGCACGCCUAAGUGCUACCACAUCUCAUCAGUGAACGAGAAUGCCGCCAAGCGUUUGUGUCGUCGUUACUCCGCCAGGUUGAUCGGGCACACGGAGCGCCAGCUGUUGCGCACCUACCCUGCUGCCACACGCAUCGACUCCGCCAACCCCAACCCGCUCUGCUUCUGGCUGCACGGCAUCCAACUUGUCGCCCUCAACUACCAGACCGACGAUUUGCCCAUGCAGCUGAACACUGCUCUGUUUGAGGUGAAUGGUCACUGUGGCUUUGUCCUGAAGCCUCCUGUGUUAUGGAAUCGUACCUGCAACCUGUACCAACAGUUCAGCCCACUGGAUCGAGACCUGGAGCACAUGAGCCCUACUUCCUACACGAUUACUGUGGUAUCUGGGCAGAACGUUUGCCCGGGGAAUAGCACUGGCAGCCCGUGUGUGGAAGUAGAAAUACUUGGUUUGCCGGCUGACGCCUGCCAUUUCCGCACCAAACCCAUCCACCGCAACACGCUCAACCCCAUGUGGAGCGAGAGCUUCACCUUCCAGGUGCACUUUGAAGACAUGACAUUCCUACGUCUGGCUGUAGUGGAAAACAACAGCUCGCAAGUCACGGCGCAGAGGAUCCUGCCCCUGAAGGCGCUCAAACCCGGCUACAGACACCUGCAGAUGAGGAAUCAGCACAAUGAGUCACUAGAGGUCUCCUCCCUCUUCCUGUUCAGCCGCAGGUCAGAGGAAAGUCCUGAUGGAGCAGUGCGAUCGGCUGCCGCGUUGUUUAGCUCGGAGGAGAGACGAGCGGCGCAGCAGCACAAGGUGACGGUGCAUGGAACUCCGGGUCCCGAACCUUUCACUGUAAUCAGAGUGAAGGAACACACCACUGUGAAACAGUUACUUCACAUGCUGGUUCCCGAUGCUGCUGCUGACUACUUCCUGACAGAAGAGAAGAUACCGCUGUCUAAGGAAAAGUGUGACACAAAGAAGGUUCUUCAGCAGCGCCCUCUAGCGUCUGACGAGAAGGUUCUCAGAGUUCUGCAUAUCUGGCAGCCUGAGGAUGGAUGUGUGGGCCGAAUAUGCCUUAAAGCCAAGGAGGAGAAUUUGAAAGAGAAGAAGGCAGUGAUGGAGAGAUUGGAGGAAGAAAACAGCGGAGGAGAAGACGACGUGUUCUUUGUUCAGGUUCAUGACGUUUCUCCAGAGCAGCCUCGUACAGUUAUUAAAGCUCCACGCUACAGCACUGCACAGGAUAUCAUUCAGCAGGCGCUGAGCAAAGCCAAGUACUCUGUCAGCAUCCUGAACAACCCAAACCCCACUGAUUACGUGCUGAUGGAGGAGGUGGGACGAGAAGCUCCCGGGAAAAAGGUGUCUUCAACUAAACCCAGUAUGCGUGUGCUGCCGGAUUACGAGUGUGUCUUUCAAGCUCAGUGCAAGUGGAAAGGCCCCGGAAGGUUCAUUCUCAAACUCAAGGAGCAGAUCGGACGCGAGGACAAGAGGAAGUGUGUGUCAUUUGCGAGCGAGCUCUGGAAGCUGACAGGCCGCAGUCGCAGCGUGACUAUGAACGGGCCCGGCUCGAACGAGGCAGCACACAGUAAGGAGGAGCGAGGCGCUCUGCCUCCACUCGACACCUCGGACUGAACGCACGCCUGCCCAUGUGUGUGUGUUUGUGUGUGCAGUGCAUGGAGUCCUGGCCAGGCUCUGCAUUGGCCCUGGGACUGAAGGCCUGGGUGGCAGAGGCCUGGUCCUUUCCCUUGCUUUGGAACUGGAAGCUGCACACAUGAGCAUCGAGCUGCGGAUCUUGUGACCUUUAAUCAACACCAUGAGCUCUGACACUCUGAGUGAAAAGCAUCAUGGGACAGCGAGCGGUGCUGUGUCGCUCCACAGCCUGGAGCUAACCGCUAACAGCGUGAGCAGGCAGCAGGGUCUACGCUGGUUCUGGGACGUGUGAUGAUUCAAUUCUGCCGCCAGCUUACGGCUGCUUUAACGGCUGAAGUGAGCACAGAAGCUCGCUCCUUUAUCUCCUGCAGUACUUUCCUGGACCAGCGCUUCUCCGUACUGCCUCAUUUUGCACAUUUUUCUUUUAUCAUACAAGUUGGUUUUGUUCACAACGUAUUCUUAUUUAAUUAAAAGCAUUUUGUAUUUAUUAUUAAUAUUAUUAUUAUUUUAACGGACCUCCUGUAUACGAGCAGGCAGAAACACGGCACACUCGGGUGUAACACUAACAAGCUUUACUUCUUGUAAAGGACGAGCAGACUGUAAUUUAUUUAUUGUGGAAGUAGCUGCUCUGGUUGGUGUCAGGAGUAAACGCGCCCUCGUUUGGCACAUCCUUUUAUUUCGAAGACCAACAGCGAGGCACUAAGCUGUCUGCUUUAUUCUUUGUAUUUUAGUUUUUUUGCCUGUUUGGUGAGAAAAUAAAAUCAUGUCAGAAAUCUUGAACUUGACAUUUCAUUGUACAUCACCAGUAAGUACACGUACGUAAUUCCUGUAAACGAUUUUAUUCUAUUCUGAAUAAUGAAGACUGUGUGGAUUUGUGGUUGCAGGAAAACGGACCGAACUUCCCGGACCGUUUCCGGGCCACGUGUUAUUUCUUGGUAAUGUUUAGAAAACGUUUUGCAUGUUGCACAAGCGUGUCUUUUGCACUUCUGUCGUGGUUUAAAGCGUGCUCUCCAUACGGUUUUGUUUGAAAUGUCUCUGACUACCUCUGCUAACUCGUGGAGCCUUGACUUGUUACACUUUCCUGUUCUGUGCUGUCUGUCCUUUAUGGCUUAUUAACUGUAACGUGGAUCUGUUCUGCAUGAAGGUUGGAAACGUUUGCAUUUUUUUCCUCUUUCCAUCUUUCUUUCUUUACGACUUUAUCCCUUCUUGUUUUUAUUUAUUUAAAAGCACGGCCCGGGUCGGCCACACGCUUCUCCUCUUGUACAGACGACGACUAUAUGAUAGCACUAUUAAAGCCACGUGUCUAAUUUAUUGCUGAGGGUGUAAAUAUUACCCUGAUAGCUCGUACUGUAUCAGUGAAUAUGAUUUAUACUUUUGUAAUUUAAAGUAUUCAGUGAUGGUAUUUGGAGACACUAAUAUAUACGUAUCUGUGUACUUUUUUCUGUCUGUAAAGGCUUCACAUGUAGUGCAGCUUUAUUAGUAUUUACUUUCAUUUGAUCAGUGAUUAUUUCAGUGGGUCAGUUAAAGUGAUGCCUGUUUAAUAAUGUUAUUGUUCUUUCUUUCAUUUAUGUAUCUUUGUUUUGUGACUGUUGUGGAGGAAAUGACAGUUGUACAA